CCAGGUUAUUGUGUCGCGUGUUAAAUCGCACUCAGGUUGCCACUGUUGCGACUACCGACGAAGACAAUGGCGGGCAAGCAAAUAGGCGGAGACGGCGGUAUACCGGAGAAUCUCGCCGGAAUGACCAAAAGCCAGCUCUACGAUAUAAUGUCUCAAAUGAAGACGCUGAUUGAUCAAAACCACGAGCAAGCGAGAGACAUUCUGAUUCGGAACCCUCUUUUGACCAAGGCUCUCUUCCAGGCACAGAUCAUGCUUGGAAUGGUUCAGCCUCCUCAGGUGGUUCCAAAAGUGGAUCCUCAGGUGCCUGCACAGCCUCCUCAACAGUCCCGUCAAUCGAUCCAAACAAAGCCAAACGUUCCAGCAGCUACAAUGCAACCACAAGCACCUAUUAGAAAACACCCAAUGCAACAACAACAACAACAACAACAACCAAUGCCUAUGCCUCCUCCUCCUCCUCCACCUUCUGUCUCUGCAACCAGUAAUAAUAAUGCUCCAUCACAGCAGCCUCGUUUUUCCCAUCCCCAGCGUCAGGGACAUCUGAAUCCUGCUGGCACUUCUUUGUCUCAUCCUCAAGCUCAAAACGCGCCUUCUCUAGCUCCCCAUCAUCCAACAUCCCAACAACCUCCUUUCCAUCAUCUUGAUAUACCAGCCUCCUCUACUCAGUUGCAACAACAGCAACAACCAAUGCACUCUGUUGGGGGUUCUCAUUUGGCUCAACAACAGCCUAGACCAUAUCAUCAUCAGUUUGGACCAUCCCAGCCUGGUCCCAACGCUGGGUUUCAGCACCAUGUCGCACCUCCCCAGCAUCAUUCUCAACCCAUGUUUCAUUCAAGCAACAGACCGCAGGCUUCUGUUGGACCUCAAUUCCCGCAGGGACAGCCACAUCUACCUAGUCAACAACCAUAUCAGGGUGGAGGUCAGUUUCGUGGGGACUACAAUAAUAACCAAUUAGGAGGUCCGAUGGCUGCAGAGAGAGGUCCUUCUUGGAUGGCUGGCCAACCAGAGAACUCAAACAUUACUCAUCUCCCAGGUCUAGGACCGGUGCCUCCACCAAACCAAGUUGGACCUGGAGGUGGACCACCACCUCGCCCCGCGCCGAUAUCUGCAGAUAUGGAGAAGGCAUUGCUUCAACAGGUGAUGAGUCUGACACCAGAGCAGAUCAAUUUGCUGCCACCGGAACAGAGAAAUCAAGUCCUUCAGCUGCAACAGAUUCUCCGACAGUGAAACUCAGUGAUAUAAUCACUUGGUAGAGACAGGUUUUGGGGUUUGAAUGUAAGGUCCGAGACAAGUUUGUGAUCAUUUGUAGAAAAAAUAAGUAAUAAUUGUAUUUUUAUGUUGAAGGUAUCAUUUAAUACUUUGCUCAUCGCCCCCGGAGAUAAUAUUGUGUUCUUGACUUUGUUU